AUGGCAGUGAAAUGGCAGGCCAGGGCAGGGGCAUGGAGGGGCAGAACAAGACAGGGGCAUGGCAGUGAAUGGCAGGCCAGGGCAGGGCAUGGCAGGGCAGAACAAGACAGGGGCAUGGCAGUGAAUGGCAGGCCAGGCAGGGGCAUGCAAGGGGGCAAGAAACAAGACAGGGGCAUGGCAGUGAAUGGCAGGCCAGGGCAGGGGCAUGGCAGGCAGAACAAGACAAGGGGCAUGGCAGUGAAUGGAGGCCAGGGCAGGGGCAAUGGCAGGGAGUGGCAGCAGGCAGGGGCAUGCAGGGCAAGAAACAAGACAGGGGCAAGGGGAUGGCAGGGGCAGGGGAAUGGCAGGGCAGGGCAAGACAGGGGCAUGGCAGUGAAUGGCAGGCCAGGGCAGGGGGCAUGGCAGGGCAGAACAAGAGAUCAGGGCAUGGCAGUGAAUGGCAGGCCAGGGCAGGGAUGGCAGGGCGAACAAGACAGGGGCAUGGCACGAAUGGCAGGCCAGGGCAGGGGCAUGGCAGGGCAGAACAAGACAGGGGCAUGGCAGGGAGUGGCAGGCCCAGGGCAGGGCAUGCAGGGCACAAACAGGGGGCAUGGCAGGGAAUGGCAGGCCAGGGCAGGGGCAUGGCAGGGCAGAACAAGACAGGGGCAUGGCAGUGAAUGGCAGGCCAGGGCAGGGCAUGGCAGGGCAGAAAAAGACAGGGGCAUGGCAGUGAAUGGCAGGCAGGGCAAGGGGCAAUGGCAGGCAGAACAAGAGGGGCAUGGCAGUGAAUGGCAGGCCAGGGCAGGGGCAUGGCAGGGCCAGGGGGGCAUGGCAGGGAAUGGCAGGCCAGGGCAGGGGCAAUGGCAGGGCACAAGGGGCAUGGCAGUGAAUGGGCAGGCCCAGGGCAGGGGCAUGGCAGGGCAGGGGCAUGGCAGGCAGGGGCAUAGGGCAAUGGCAAGUGAAUGGCAGGCCAGGGCAGGGGCAUGGCAGGGUCAGAACAAGACAGGGGCAUGGCAGUGA